AUGGCAGAUCACUCGCCAGCUACUGCCAAAUACACUACUAGCCAUGGGCUUAGUAACCAGCAAAUAAAAAGGUAUUCUAGACAGUUGCUCCUUCGUGAUAUUGGCGUCCAAGGUCAGGAGAAACUAUGCAAUUCUAGUGUUCUUAUCAUUGGCGCAGGUGGGAUCGGAUCCCCUGCAAUCCUGUAUCUUGCUGCAGCCGGAGUGGGAAAUUUGGGCAUUGUCGAUUAUGAUUUUGUAGAAGAAAGCAAUUUACAGCGACAGAUUAUCCACUCUGAGGCUUCAAUCAAUACAUCAAAAACCGAUUCUGCAGCUACUGCAGUCCGCAGCAUAUCUUCACUUGUUCAAUGCACUACAUACAACACAUUGAUUGAUCAAUCCAACGUUCUUGAAAUAGUCUCAGGAUACGACGUUGUGGUGGAUGGGUCUGAUAAUGUCGCUACUCGAUAUCUUCUCAACGAUGCAUGUGUGUUGCUAGGAAAGCCUUUGGUGUCCGGAAGUGCAUUGCGAAUGGAUGGACAGCUUACAGUGUAUAAUCAUCAAGGCGGACCUUGUUACCGAUGUAUUUUUCCUGUUCCACCACCACCAGAAACGGUCUCAAACUGCAACGAUGGUGGAGUUUUGGGUGUCGUUCCUGGAAUUAUUGGAUGCAUGCAAGCGUUGGAAGUCAUCAAAUUGAUUUCAGGAAUUCAAACGAGUUAUUCGCAAAAAAUGCUGCUGUUGGAUGCGGUCUCUGGAUCAUUUCGUACCGUAAAACUUAGGGGGAAAAGUUCUACAUGUGCCGUUUGUGGACCAAAUCCAACCAUUACUAAACCAAUCGAUUAUGUACAGUUUUGUGGAGCUUCUCCGCACGAUAAAGCCUUGAAUCUUGAUGUUGCCUGUCCAAAGGACCGUAUUUCUGUCAAGGACUAUCAGAAUGUAAUGAUGGCGGGUAAGCCGCAUAUACUUUUGGAUGUGCGCGAAAAGGUGCAGUUUGACAUUUGCUCGCUCCCACAAAGUCAUAAUGUUUCAUUUGGCCAGCUUGAGCGACAACUGGACUCGAUUAUAAAGUUGCGGCAUGAUGUAGUAAUGGAGACCAAGACUGAAGAUGUUCCUAUUUAUGUUGUGUGCAGAUUGGGCAAUGAUUCGCAACUGGCAGUACAGAAACUAAAGGAGAAUGGUGUGACAAAUGUCUUUGAUAUUGUGGGCGGACUGGCAAGCUGGACUAAAGAAAUCGAUCCAAUAUUUCCCGAGUAUUAA